UCCCCAUCCAAGAACUGUCAAGCAUUCGAUAGUUUGGCAUAGUCAGCUGAUAGCAAAAUGCAAUUAAACGUUUCCUGUAAUAUUUCAAGAAAUCGAUUGUAAUUCUUGUGCGUGACCGUGAAAUUUCUUGAGAAUCAUCGACUCGCGAUCUGUUUGCCUUCUACUUCAAUUUUUCGAAGAAAUUUAGGGGGAUUCACAAGACUUUUUAUACACAUUUAGCCGAAGCAAAUCUACCAAAAACAAAAUGCCUCUGAGUGCAGACAUAUCUACAGCUCUUCAUUUAUUGGAGCAUGUUCAAGAAAGGGUGGAGGAUUGCAAUGACCCCAAACUACAAAUACAUACGACUCAAGAUAUAAAAUCCUUAAUUUCUCUUUUGGAAGAUCCGGUAUUCCGCAGCAUAGUGACAAUUCAAGACUCACUAAUCGAAUUAAAUACUCAACUGGGGCAGCAUCCAUCUAUUAUUCCUGGUGAUUUUGAUAUUAACAUUAGUGGACAACUGGAACUUUCUGUUCCUAGUACGUCAGUGCAACCGCUUGGAUCAAAUGUAUAUCAAGAUCUAUAUCAGGAUAGCAGUGAACUAGAAGAUCAAAGGGUUCCAGUUGCUCCAUUGGUGCAUAGCAGCAGCGAAGAUACUAGUGCGCAGGUCACAAGCCCAAGUCUUGCGUCAGAGGUUAUGGGAAUGCCUCCAAUAACAACAACAACAUACGCUAAGGAGUUUAAGAAGGUUAUUGAAGCUGCAGCAAGAGGUCGUCAAGUAUUUACUGUGCAGUUGUAUAAACCAGAGGGAACCAGUCUGGGAUUUAGUGUGGUUGGCCUUCGCAGCAAGGAUAAAGGAGAGCUGGGUAUUUUCUUGCAGGAGAUACAACCCAAUGGCAUAGCUGGCUGUGAUGGCCGACUGGUAGAGGGAGAUCAGAUAUUGGCGAUAGAUGGACAACCACUAGACUCGAACAUCUCUCAUGAACAGGCAAUCUCGAUUCUUCAGAAGGCACGUGGUCUGGUUGAGUUGGUCGUAGCAAGAAGCACCCAAGACGUUGGGAGCUCUUUGCUGACGGAUGAGUUGUCCGGAGCCUCGAGUUCGACAGCGGCCGCGGGAGCAGGUGUGUCCAUCAUCGGCGGCGUUGUCAGUGGGACAACGAACCAGGUCAGCUCCGACAAGGAUCAAUCGGUGUCCACGUCGUCCGUCGUUACACCAGCGCCGACCCCCAAGUCCAGCCAGCCGGCGAGCACCGCCUCGGCGGCAACGCCGACAUCGACACCGCCGACCUCAACCCCGGUACCUGGAGGCCUCGUUGUCGAAAGGAGCCCCUCCGCCGUCAGCGACGCCUCCAAGAGUGGCUCUGACAUGGUGCUGAACACGGAAUGGGCACAAGUUGAAGUUAUAAAUCUGAUCAAUGAUGGCAGCGGUCUUGGAUUCGGAAUCGUCGGUGGACGAAGCACCGGUGUUGUCGUUAAAACGAUCCUUCCUGGAGGUGUCGCCGAUCGGGAUAAUCGGCUGCAGAGCGGGGACCAUAUAUUGCAAAUCGGCGAUGUCAAUCUGCGGGGAAUGGGAAGUGAACAGGUUGCGGCAGUUCUGCGACAAUCCGGCACACACGUGCGCCUCGUUGUCGCGAGACCUGUCGAACCAACGUCACCGGAUUACCAGGCACUUGGCAGCCACGCUCCGAUCGUACCAACGAAGAUUCUGGGUGACCCGGACGAGUUGGACCGUCACCUGGUGCACAGCGUGCCGGAGACAUACAACACACGCCACGUGCAGUCCGACAACGCGUACGACAACGGCUACAUAUUCUCUCAGGAAUCCGACGUCGAGAUGCAUGCAAGACCAGGUCUCAUCAUGGACGUAGUACGCAACCCAUUGCCAAUUGGAGCGAUGCCAGUGAUACCACCGGUUCCGGUGCAGAUCCCGGAACUUCCGGUCCUCACCAUGGACACCAUCGAUGUUAACUCACUGCCAGAAAUGGAACGGUUCACCGUCGAGCUUAAGAAGGACAUUUACGGCCUCGGGAUCACCAUCGCUGGAUACGUUUGCGAGAAAGAGGAGCUGUCUGGCAUCUUCGUGAAGAGCAUCAGCGAGGGCAGUGCGGCAGACUUGAGCAACAAGAUCCAAAUAAACGAUAGAAUAGUAGAGGUGGACGGCCAUUCUUUACAGGGUUAUUCAAAUCAUGAGGCCGUCGAGGUGCUACGGCGCACUGGACAAACGGUAGUUCUAUGUCUGGAGAGAUAUCUACGUGGACCAAAGUACGACCAGCUUCAGCAAGCAAUCGCGGCCAGUGAACUGAGACUACCUCAACCGAGCUCUCCAUCAAUCACCAGUUUGCCAAGCUUCCCGAUUAGCGCGGAUGGAGAAACUACUACUGAGAUAGAACCGGAAGGAGAAUCGCACACGACUGUUGACAGCGCAGUUCUACAAGAGGGUGAACGCGAGAGAUCCUCGGAGGAAUUAGAUGACGCGGCAAAUGUGGAAGCUCUGUUGAGCGACCCAUCCAGCGAGCUUACACUUCAAAUUCGAGCCGCCAUUAAGGCGAAAUGGCAGAAGAUCAUAGGCCCAAAGACGGAAAUCGUGGUAGCGCAAUUGAAGAAAUUUGCGGAAGGUAGUGGCCUUGGUAUAAGCUUGGAGGGAACGGUGGAUGUGGAGAAUGGACAGGAAGUUAGACCGCAUCAUUACAUAAGAUCGAUUCUCCCGGAAGGACCCGUAGGACAAAACGGAACGCUGCGUUCAGGGGAUGAAUUGCUGGAGGUGAACGGAUAUCGAUUGCUCGGCAUUAAUCAUAUGGAAGUAGUUAGCGUGUUAAAAGAAUUACCCAUACACGUUCGCAUGGUCUGUGGAAGAACCAUCGCUUCGCAGGAUCCUCUUUGCCCUAUCGACACUGCUCAACAUCAAGCUGCGUUCCAAAGCAGAAGCAUCCUUGGCGGAUCUCUGCAGAAUUUAUUGCCAACGAUGGACCGUUUGGUAAAGGCCAAGUCUGACGGCUCUUUAGCGUCGACGACGACCACGGCUACGGUAGCUGACGCAAGCUUGAAUAAAAUGAAGUCGCGAUCUUUGGAACCGUUGACUGGUCUGGCGAUGUGGAGCUCCGAACCGCAGAUCAUCGAACUGGUAAAGGGAGAACGGGGCCUUGGGUUCUCCAUUUUGGAUUAUCAGGAUCCAAUGAACCCCAAUGAGACUGUGAUAGUAAUAAGAUCACUGGUGCCCGGUGGCGUAGCUCAAGUAGAUGGUCAGUUAAUACCAGGCGAUCGUCUUCUUUUCGUCAAUGAUAUCGCCCUGGAGAAUGCCACGCUGGACCAGGCGGUGCAGGCACUGAAAGGCGCCCCUAAGGGCACCGUGCGCAUCGGUGUGGCGAAACCAUUGCCCAUCCCAGACAGUAUUGUCCAGAGGGUGCCACCGAUUUGCCCCGUAAGACGCAGCAAAAGCUUCCCCAACGAAAGCGAAACGACAAAUCACGCAGCCAAGCUCGAGGACUUCCUCUCCUCCAGAUCAGGAGUAACAGAACUGUCAAUGAACAAACCGGAAUCCGAAGAAGAAGAAGAUCAUUGGAAGGACGCAUCGCCCAUCACACCUACCUGCAGUCCAACGAAACAUCCUCCGAAACCUGGGCAGCUAGACAAACCUCUAAAAACCACAGAAGUCGACGUCCACGAUUUCAAACCAACGACUCCGUUAGACGAAAAAGACGUGAUCAUCAUUGACAGCAGCGCCACGCCACUCAGCAAGAAGCUAUCCACAAAGUACAAUCAGGAAAUAACGACUGGCGUGGAGAAGGCAACACCGAAAGUAAAGUUAAAACGAGAGCCAGUGAUAGAACUGGAAGAACCGUGUCAAAAAGUGCCUGAGAGCGCAGCUCAGCCAUCCACCUCCACAGAAAGACGUGCAGACGCUGAAAGAAGAAGGACCUUGAGACGAAUGGACUCGCAAGAACGACUGUCCACGUCCAGAGACACAUUAAGCAAAACAGACGUAGCUGAGAGAGGCGCGAAGAAGAAAGUUUUCAAGAGGAAAGAACAAGAUCGAAGAUCUUCCAGAAGAAAAAUAGACGAAGUGGAGGAACCUGUUUCGGAAGUUUCUAGAACCGAAAUAGAUGAGCCUAGAAGGCGAAAAGACAUGGAAGGAGCUGUGAUCAGAUCAAGAGAAGAAAGGAAAAGUCUCAGAGAGCAAAAAUGUAUAGAACGAGUGACAGAAUUUUUAACGAAGCACAGUGUGCUCACUUACUCGGAGGUGAUCCCGGUCAGCGAUCCUGAGACCGACGUCCAGACACCUGGUGAUUACAGAGAACAACGAAUCACGCGUCCAUCCAGUAUUAUAGAGGCCCAGGAAGUUCAACCUGAAACCUCGAAAGACGAGCUAUUAAUAAGAACGAAGAGUAUAAGAAGACCCGAAGAGCAAGUAAAGACUCCAUCCUCUAUCGAGUCGGAGAAACAGAUCUCCGCGUCGAUUAAAGUGACAGUGGCGACACCUGAGAAACCAGCAGCAGGUGUCGAAGAGAUUAAACCAUCCGUGACGAGUCCUGAGGCAGAGGUACCAGCCACUAAACGUCGAAGUUCAAUGAGAAAGAAACCCAGAGCGUUUUCCAGGGAAUCUUCCAGGGAAUCUCUAUUGGACGACACGAAGAAAGAGGUUAGGAUACAGGAAAACGUUGAAGAGAUAUUCUUCGAGGAUACCAGUGAACAGAUAGAUGGAAUUCUUCCGGAGGUUCAGUUGGUGAAGGCUAGAAUAAUCACUGCUGAGGAAGCAGCCGCGAACAGAGUGGACGAAACGAUGAAAAUUGAAAUACAUUCGCCGCCGGAAGUGGCUGUGGUCUCUGACUCGGUGAGAGUGAGGACGGGAAGGGUUCCAUCGCCGGAAACUGUGAACAUGUCGCAUCUACAGUUGACCAGUUUGGCCAAGUCCACGUCUGAGAACGCUUUGGCCGAGAGCAGCGAGGAGAAUAAAAUUUCUGAGAGGAACAUCAAAACGGAAAUUUUAUUGGACCUGUCGAAAGUGUCUGAAGUUGGGGACGAAGAGGAAAUGGUGGAUGGAGAGAAGAAGGACAGAAGAUUGAACAGGACAAGGAGCGAAGGUUCGAAAAGACCGGGAUUCAAAGUGACAAAGUUGAAAGAACGUGAUGGAUUCAUGAUUGGUACAUUGGCACAACCGGAUCAACCCGAACUGACGAUUUUGUUGGAGAAUGCGGCUAUCGAGAGGAGGAGGAACGUGGAUGACGAUCGAGACAGUCUGGUGGAUUUUGGCGUGGAGAAGAUAAUUAGGAGGUCGGCAGAGUCAGAAUCCGAGGACGAUUCGAGGCUAACAGCGGACCAGGAACUCGAGCUUCCUCCAACGAAGCUUCUCGAAGGUGAGAAUCAGGAGGACUUCGCGAAUCUCCAGUACGAGGACCAAGCGGACCGACGAGAAUUCGACUGGAGACCAGAAACCAGAGAUUAUGACAGAACACUCUGGCAGCAGAGACGUCCGCUGCUGGAGGAAACGGUCUCCUUCAGGCCGGAAGACGACAGCAGCCUAAUCAGCAAGGAACAUUCCCUGGAAUACCAGAGUCAAACUCUGGAAAGCCAGUCCGAGCAUCUAUUACUCUCUGCAUCUUUGGAGAGCCUUCUGAGAUCAGCGCCAGACAGUUGGCCGAGUCAGCAGUUCGACAGAAGCGUCGAGGAAUCGGAGCAUAACUUCAAGGAGACCCAGUACUCGCUGAAAGAGAAACGCGACGCCGAAACUCAAACAGAGCAGGAAACAAAGAGCACCCAGUGCAGUCCGGAACAGAGUAUCGUCAGUCCCUCGGAAGUGUCCAAGGAGACUUCUUUCCAUUUGACUAGAAAAUACUAUCAGAGUCCUAGAAGAGAAGUUCAGACCCAGACCCAAGGGGAGAGCAAAAGUGUUCAGUGUUGUUUGGACGAAUUAGGCAGCCUGUACAGAAUAUUAGAUUCCUUCGAUAGUCCCUCUAGAUCUGAGAAGAGCUACGUAAAAGAAUCUAAGAGUAUUCAGUGUAUUCCUGAGGACAUUCCAUCGAGUCUUGAUAAGUCAACAGAGAGCCUAGCUUUGCUGUACGACCAGGGCAAGUCUUUGAGGAGUCCACGAAAGGAAGUCGAGGUUCAGACCUAUCAGGAAUCGAAGGCGAUCCAGUGUAGCGAUGACGAGCUUCUAGAGGUGGUCAGUGAAUCGCCAGAUAAUAAGGAAGGCGUGAAGAAGACAGAGAGUUCUGGAUCGUCCAGCUGCGGCUCACCCUGCAAGCUUCGGAUUCCUACUCUGGUGUUCGUUGAGGAACGAGUGGAUAUGACGGUCACGCAUCGAGAUCACGAGGGGAACGUGAGCUGGUCGAAGCAUUGGGGACCCGAGAGGCUCGUGGAGAUCUACAGGGAGCCAAAAACUAGUCUGGGAUUGAGCAUCGUUGGUGGAAAGGUUGAUCUGCACAAUGGCAGCUCUAGUAAGUCACAGAACAUAUCCGGGAUAUUCAUAAAGAAUGUCUUGCCGAAUAGUCCGGCCGGAAGAACCGGCGAGUUGAAGAUCGGAGAUCGAAUAAUCGAGGUCGAUGGCGUGGACCUACGACAUAGCACUCAUGAACGAGCGGUGGAGGUCAUCCAAGCCGCCGGAAAUCCUGUCUGCCUUCUCGUCCAGUCUCUGGUGCACCUGAACAACGAGCACGACGAAGAAGCAGAGGGAAGGAAGCAGAACGCGAGGAGUCGACUGCCCGGAACACCCACGGCAUCCUUUCGUCAAAAGGCUUCGCCAGUCUCGCCAGUCAGGUCCAGCACGCCGGAAGUGACACAGGCAGGAUUCGAAGACGGAGAGAAGCAAAGUAGCUCAAGAUCAGAUUUUAGGCGACAAAGUACAAGAGCUUCAGAUGGCGCGGGAUCCAGCACGCGAAGAUCCUCCAUGAAAAAGUCUAUUCGCAAGAAGGCGCCAUCACCGCCUUCCAACCCAGGAAUAUUGCGAGAGGUGAGCGAAGAGAAAGAGGAUAAUGCAUCGAAACCGGAAGAGCCUCCGAAACGGAAGUAUUCGUCCGACGAGAGCUCUGAAGAGGACAUACGUGAGCUGGAGGGUAACGUUUACACGAAAGGUGGCAUGGAGAUUUCGAGAAAAAGUGCCGGAAACGUAAAACGUACUAAAGCAGAAAUCGAAGCGGAUCCAGAGACUGAAGAUGAGUUCGGUUAUACGAAUAUGAAAGUUCAGAAAAAAUAUCAUUCACUGGGGCAUAAGGUGAUGCUAGUAAAGAUAGAGAAAGAUAGACGUGGUUUGGGUAUCUCCUUGGCGGGACACAGAGAUCGAAAUCGGAUGGCAGUGUUCGUUUGUGGCCUUAAUCCAAAGGGAGCAGCUCACAAGACAGGGGAGAUUUUGGUUGGCGACGAAAUACUCGAGGUAAAUGGCCGAGUUCUGCAAGGACGAUGUCACUUGAAUGCGUCUGCCAUGAUUAAAGGAAUGGCUGGCACGUAUUUCAAAAUCGUCAUUUUCAGGAGGACCACCGCGCUUGAUGAUCUCGCCGUUAAACCGAUUGUUCAAUUCCCUCCAACAUUGGAAGAUUCCGACAUGUUCAGCCAAUACAAAGGAGUUCGUAACAUACCAGUGAAGAAGGCAAGUUCAACCAAAUCCCAAAAAACCAUCGCACCAAAGAUACCAUUUUCACCAAUACAUUGAAAUUUUCUAAUAUCUAGGGCCAGUACGGA